CGCAAUUUCACGUGUAUUCGUGCGCAUGAAAUAGUGGUUUCGUUCCUUUUGUUGCCUGAUCUGAGGGACAUUUCUCGAAUGCAUCAUGGUGCUUCAGCAAGACCAGCUCAAUCUGUUGGUCAUGUGCGUGGUCGUGGUUGCAGUUGGUGCCUGCCAACUAUCGCGGCCGUUGUCCCGCGUGCCCAAAGUGUUCUUGAGCUCAGGACUCGGCUUAUUGCUUGGCCUCGCCCUAAGCACGGAUCGAAGCGUUCGUCUGCUGCGUGUCGCGGACAGCACAAUGCCCAUGUACGUGAGCAUGUACAUGCCAGCUGUGGCGUAUACGGUGACCAUCCAAAUGUCCUACCACGUCUUCUGUUGCUGUGUCGCCACCUGUUGUAUCCUGGGGGCCGCGGGUUUAGCUAUUUCCACCCUCCUCUCCGGCACCUUGAUGUAUUUCACUCGAACCUCUCUCGCCGAUAUGAAAGACGCACUCUUCGCGGGCUCCUUGCUAUCCUUCCAGGAGCCCACAGUCAUCACCGAUAUCAUAUCCCCUUCGCCAUUGAAGUCCCGAGUGCUGGAGACCUUGGUGGCUGGAGAGGCGCUCAUCUCGACAUCUCUUUUCUUCUUCAUCGAGUACGCCUAUACCCGUUCGGUUGAAGUCACUCUUGCAAGCAUUCCCGUGUCCUUCUUGCGGUUUUUGCUAGGCAGCUCUCUGCUAGGCAAAGCAAUUGGUCACCUGGUGUCCUACAUGCACGCUCAGUUCCACAACGAAGCGACGCUCCUCUGCAGCAUCUCUAUAGCGGCAGUGUAUCUUACUUACUUCAUUGCGAACUUCUUUAUGUUUGGCGGUGGAACACUCGGUGUGAUCGCCUUGGGACUCACCAUCAAAGCCUAUUCUACAUCCACCGCACUUUCCGAAGACGCACCUUUCCUGAGGUUCUGGAAUGGAUACCGCUAUAGUCUGAGCGUGGUUCUGGCUUUUGUGGCCUCUGUGAGAGUUGGUCGAGAAAUUCCCCAUCUUCGGGGCUAUCAGCCCAUUUUUCUCCCGCCUUACUUCUGUAUUGUGCGCAUGGGCAACAGGGUAAUUACUGUUGCGGUGCUCUUCCCUGCGCUACGUCGAACUGGGUACCGGCUCACCCCAAAACAAGCCCUGGUGCUUGCAUGGAUCCACUUGAAGGGCACUCUGAUGUUGGUCUUGACGAGCAAUAGGUUGACCACUGGCUACACUUAUAGCAAGGCCAUUAGGCUCAUCUUCCUUCGUACGAUUGCCGUUAUCCAAUUAAACCUGAUCUUGACCUGCACUCUCGUCAAACUGCUGAAAUAUCUCGGUUUUCUCAACCUGGACGACAUCGAGAGAAGCCGCAUGCAGAACGUCAUGACAUCCUUAUGGAGGACGGCUAAGCGAUCUAGACGAGAGCAACGGAUGCAAGCUAGGUUCAAUGGAGCGGACUGGCAAUGGAUUGAAUGCCACAUUUACCUGCCUGACCGACUUUCCGAGGGAUACGAGUUACAGGAAGAAGGCGAGACGAUGGGCAGCGGUCGGCUAUACAUGGUUCCCAUGUCACCAAUACCAAACUACGUAGAUGGCCAGAAGCGUGCCCGCAUCACCCUACCUGCUAGUACAUCGGUUCCUCUGGAGGAAGCUGUUGUUCCCCUUGAACACCUCGAGCGCGCAUACGAAGUCACCAACAGGAACAUACGGCGAAUUCAAACCGUAUCAUUUCUGAGGCAGUUGGACACUGGCAUGGUUCAUCCAGAGACCUACGAUACGCUUAUGACGCAACUGCAGACGUCGCUAAAAGAGGAUACGUACCUGGACCUGGCCACCAUGAAGAAGUUGUUGCACAUGCCACAAUGGGUCUUUCGAUGUACCAUGCUGACGAAAAGUGCCUUGCAAGUUCCUAGAUCAGCUUCGUUGACACCGGGCGACACUCCGACUACGUUUGGACCAAAGAUGAGCUUCACGGAACGAAUGGCUAGAAGUAACUUGAACCAGUUGCUUAGCACCUUGACAGGAGCAUUUCUCGGCACAAUCCUCUUGGGCUUCUGUCUGGCAAACACGCAUCAUCCGAGCUACUUAUUCAACUCAGCUGUUAUCACAGUAAUGGGCGCUGUUGUAGUCCUACUGGCUUCAGAACUCGUUAUUGCGUACUUGUGGGGAGCGGUGGGUGCAGCGACUGCCGAUGGAUUGCGUAAUGCCGACCUGGUGGUUUUCCUGUCCUUGCUUGCAUUGUUCUCAACCGCUUCCUGGCUGUACAGGAUUUGGUCCACAAGGAAGUGUUUGUGGUUGCUCUUCGUUCACUACCUGCAUCAGUUUGUCAACCGGCGUGUGUUCCGCAUGUACGAUUUGGCUGUCGCAUUCAUUACGUCUGAGGAUGAAGUGCUGGCUACCGUAAAACGUUUCAUAGAAUCUGCACAAAUAGCGGAAUUUGUGCGUGAAGAAGCGGUCAACAACAAGCUACAGUUGUUGAAAGACAUAAUCGUGGUCCAGCAGCACUAUCCGGAACUCGAGGGGUUUGCGCGGUCACGACAAGUGGCUCGCAAAAUACUGAACUCGUCCCUGUCAGCGCUCGAAGACCUCGAGAAGUCUGGCCUCGUAGAACAACAGCACUUCGAUAAACUGCAUGCGAUGCUGAUGACCAAAGUGCUUUCCCUGGACAAAUUGUCAGGUGAAGUCCAGGUUAGGGAUGUCACCACAAGCAUUCUGUACAGCGUUCCGUGGUUUCCGGCUGGAAAGGUGAACAGCAUACGAAAGACACUAUCUUGGAAAUAUCCGAAGGGGAAACAAAUGGUUACUUCUGGUGAGCCACACAGAGCAGUGGUCAUAGUCAUCUCCGGCAUCCUUCGGAUCGAAGGAAGAGGCCGCGGCUUCAAGAGCAGUGUAUUGGCGAAUGCCGAUUCGGUGCAGCACUACAAGGCCGAGGCCUCAUUCACAAAUUUCAUGGCUGCACCUGGAUGCCUGGGUGUAUUGGGUUUCCUCAACAGGAGUCCAUCUGUGUGCGACGUCACCUGCGAAACCGACAUUGAGGCUUGCGUGAUUCCAAUGAGAACACUCGAUGCAAUCGUUCUGCGAGAUAGCUCAACGCCAUGCAUCAUGUACCGCAUGUGGUUGUCAGUUGCUGUCCGCAUCGCACGCACUGUUCUGGAGCGCAUCGAAGAGUACGCGGCGUGGGAAGACGAAUCCCUUACUCGCUACGUGGACAAUGGCGUCAUGCCCUUCCUGGGCGAAGCCACCUUCCUACGUCUUGAUGAGCGUGUCGAGUGCAUGAUCCUGAUCCAGGGAAGGCUAACAGUCAAGAAGGGACGCCGAAUUUUACUCGGUCCGAGCCACGUGCCAGGAGACAUACGUGAAUUCUACUUAACGGACGACAAGAGGACGAGACCGCUUCCUGUGCUGCUGCUGUUGUCGCAGACACGCCUUCAGCUUCCCGGCGAGUUGGACUGGUACCACCAAAGCGGCGAAGUCUUUCGCAAGGUCCUCCGUCGAACUGCUCUGUACAGCGAGAACAUGACACCUUUUCCGCGGGGAUCACUGCCGGAAAGUGCCGUGUUGCCAUCAUCGCCGGCGUAGUGUGUGACUAUGAUGAGGAAGCCAUCGUUGUAUAAGGAGCGUUAACCGAGGAUAGCCUUGUUGUACCUACGAGUGCUGUCCUCACAAUUACUGCACAUUGUUCUCUGCAGAAAGUGAAAUACCUAAUCAAGUUCAUGGAUUUGGGCAUUGCAUUCUUGAAAAAAAAAAACAAAAAAAAACUCUAUA